AUGGCGGCGAUUGGGAUUCACUCCUCAGGAGCUAAUUUAUCAAACCCAUCUUUCUUCCCGGGAAACAAAUCGGGUCGGAGUUUUUCCUCAAAGACUCCAUUUUUAUCCUCCCCCAACAGUACCAAAAAGAGCCCACGAAUUCCACUCGCCUCGUCGAGCUCAACCCUUUCCCCGCUUCACGAUUCUGAAGCCAAAGAAGGGGUUUUUCUGGAAAAGAUCGAUUCUUGGCUGCGUGGAUCUGUUUCUGAAAUCGUGGGAAACCUAAAAAAGGCGCCUUUAUUGGUGCAAGUUUAUUCAGAAAAAGAAAAUGGGAAGGUGAGGAUCCAAACUGAGAAGGCCCAUUUGGAUUAUUGGGCUGUUUUGAAGGGGGAGUGGAUAAAUGAGGAGUCAAAAUCACCUGAUGGGCUGAUCUUUGUGGAGGAGUUGGGGCAAGAUUAUGAUCAAGAGGAUUUGGGUCAAGAAUUUGGGGAGGGUGUGAGUAGGAUUUGGGGCAUAGUGAUUCAAGGGAAAGGGGUUAAGUGUAGCCCAGCUUGUUAUUUGCUUAAGACCAAUAGGGUGUGUGCUGGGAUGGGUUUGGGCUUCUGCACCUACUAUUGUUUGAUCAGAGUGAAUAAUUUGAGGGAUGGUGCUUUUGAACAGUUUAAGGAUUCUUGGUUGUUGCAUUGA